CGCGGCAGGCCGAGCCCGCCAAAUGCGACUACCUGCGGGAGGAGGUCGGCGGCAGGAUAGCGGACAGGGUGUUUGACAUCCCCAGGAAACAGUUGAAAAACUUAUUCAAGUUGAUAUUGCAGAGAAUGCUUUAAAAAACGCUGUAGAAUCUGAAAUCCCUACAGUCAGUGUUGUAGCUGAUGAGGAAUUUCUGCCUUUCAAAGAAGAUACGUUUGAUCUUGUUGUUAGCAGCUUGAGUUUACACUGGGUGAAUGACCUUCCUAGAGCUUUUAAAGAGAUUCACCAAGUUCUCAAGCCAGAUGGAGUAUUCAUUGGUGCAAUGUUUGGGGGAGACACUCUGUAUGAGCUUCGCUGCUCUUUGCAGCUAGCAGAGUUGGAGAGAGAAGGGGGAUUUUCUCCUCACGUAUCACCAUUCACUGCUGUCUCUGAUUUGGGACAUCUGCUGUCAAGAGCUGGCUUUAACACCCUGACUGUGGAUACUGAUGAAAUUCAAGUCAACUACCCAGGGUUGUUUGAGGUUAUGGAAGACUUGCAAGGUAUGGGGGAGAGUAAUUGCUCUUGGAAUAGAAAAUCUCUGCUACACAGAGAGACAAUGUUGGCAGCUGCUGCAGUGUAUCGAGAAAUGUAUGGAAAUAGUGAUGGCUCAGUACCUGCCACAUUUCAGAUCUACUACAUGAUUGGCUGGAAAUUCCACGAGUCACAGGCAAGACCGGCCCAGAGGGGUUCUGCAACAGUUUCGUUGAGAGAUCUGGCAAAAAUAGAUGGACUUAUUUCACGAGGGAAAAAAUAGCUCUUCAUCAGAAAUAAUAGUGGUCUUGAAGCUUCUGUAAAAAUACUUAUUGCAGGUAGUCUUCACCUGUGCUUACUUUGUGAGGACAUUCUGAAAUUAUAAUAAUCUGCAUGUUUGUUUGUUUGCUUGGUUUUUUACUACCCGUGCUACAACAUCAUCUGUGUAAAAUGGUGUUCAUUUUUCAUUUCUAGAGAAGUAUUUGAGCCGUAUUCGAAGUGAAUACAUGCUCUCCCAACUUUUGAUUAAAUUACUCAGAUGUAAUGCCUCUUCCAGCAUUUCAGUAUCACAGACUGCUCCAGGUAUGAUUUGCAAGUUUGAGUGUAUAUCACCCUGCAUUAUUUUUUAAUUUUUCGUAAAGGAUGGUGGAUCAUAAUAAAGAGUUGUACUUG